GUAAGUGUGAAGAUGGCCUCCCAAGUGUGUCAGAACUACCACAAGGACUGUGAGGAUGCUGUCAAUAAACAGAUCAACCUGGAGCUCUAUUCCUCCUAUGUUUACCUCUCCAUGUCCUCUUACUUUGACCGGGAUGAUGUUGCCCUGCGUCACUUUGCUGAGUUCUUCAAGGAGCAGUCCCAUGAGGAACGGGAACACGCUGAGAAACUGAUGGCAUUCCAGAAUAAACGUGGAGGCAGAGUCCUCCUGCAGGAUGUCAAGAAGCCAGAGCAGGAUGAGUGGGACAAUGGUCUGGAGGCAAUGCAGAGAGCUCUGCAGAUGGAGAAGGAUGUGAACCAGAGUCUGCUGGAUCUGCACAAACUCUCCUCUGGCCACACGGACCCUCAUCUGUGUGACUUCCUGGAGAGGCACUACUUGGAUGAGCAAGUGAAGAUGAUCAAGAAGCUGGGAGAUCACAUCACCAACCUGAAGAGACUGGGAGCCCCUGAGAAUGGCCUGGGAGAGUACCUGUUUGACAGGCUCACCCUGAGCUGA